AUGAAGUUCUCCGCAGCAUUGAGUUUGGGUCUCGCCCCUCUGGCCCUGGCCAAGGCUGUCCACAAUGUCUACCCCGUCGAACGCAGGACGCCCAACCGUGGCGGCGCCUCGCAAGCCGUCGGCGCCGCGGCAGCCAUUGGUGUCGACCCGGCCAUCCUCGCUGCUGCCGGUCUCCGCGGCCUUGGUCUUACCGCCAACGCGAGGACCGAGGUCAUUCUCAUCUGGGUGAACGGUGGAGGUGGCGCGCAGACGACCUCGAUCAACCAGCAACAGACCGUCACGCGGACCGUCACCGUCAACAACGGGCAGGCUGGAGGAGCUGCCCAGCAGACUCCGCCGCCCGCCAACGGUGGCGCCGUCGCUAGCAACACCGUCGCCCCCGGUGCCAGCAGCGUCGUUGCCGGCACUGGCGCCACCCACACCGUCACCGUCGGCGGCCCCAAGGGUCUGCAGUUCGAGCCCACCGAGCUCAAGGCCGCCGUGGGCGACAUGGUCAUCUUCACCUUCCUGAGCCAGAACCACACGGCCACCCAGUCCGCCUUUGACAAGCCCUGCGAGCCCCUCGCCGGCGGCAUGGACUCGAGCUUCCAGCCCAACCCCAACAACAGCGUCAACCCGCCGCCCCAGGUCGCCAUGCAAGUCAUGGUCGAGACGCCCCUGUGGUUCUUCUGCGCCCAGGCCAAGCACUGCGGCAAGGGCAUGACCUUCUCCAUCAACCCCACCGCCGAGAAGACCCAGGCCAUGUUCCAGCAGAUGGCCAUCGCCCAGAACGGCGGCGGCACCGGCAGCGCCAUCACCGGCAACGGCAGCGCCGCCGCCCCUCCUCCUCCCGCCGGCGGCGCCGCGGCUCCCCCCGCCAACUCGCUGACCGCCACCCUCGGCGCCGGCACUGGCGGCGCCGCGGCCACCGGCACUGCGGCUGCCCCUGCCGGCACCGGCGUCGUCUCUGGCGUCGGCACCCUCAACCCCGACGGCUCUUGCUCUUGCUCCGUCCAGUGCGCUCCUGGUGCCUUCCCUGCCGUCCAGGCACAAGGCAUCGGCUCAUUCGGCGGCAUGGCCGGUGGCAUCCCUGCCAACAUGGUCGGCGCUGCAUGA